AAGGAGGAGAGGUUAGUUGGCCGAAGAUGGCGUCGCCCAGCGAACUAUCCCUGGAAGAGAUCCGCAGGUACCUGCUGGACAAAGGCGGCUCCGCCCGUAAUCAGGACCUCGUCAAGCAUUUCAAAAAGUUCCUCACGGACCCGGAGACUCGGGUGGAGGCCAGGAAUAGGUUCAAGGAGUACAUCAACACCUUGGCGACGAUCAAGACCGAGGAGGGAGAAAAGUUUCUUGUAUUAAGAAAAAAGUUUCGACAGCCUUCAUUAGAUCUCUCAUCACCCACGCUGAGUUUUGGAAAAUUUUCUACUAGUUCUCCAGUCACGACGCCUGACCUCUCGACUCCGACAUCACCUCUACGUGAACCUCCACCAUACAGACCUCCUCCGACAGCACCCCUCAGUCCUAUACAAAAUACAUCCUCUCCGGUAACUCAGUAUGCACAAGAUCCUCCAAUUGGCCUGCCCAUUGUGCAGCCAACCAUCGAUGACAUUACAUCAACCAUCACAUCAAAGUUGUCUGCUGCUGAGGAUGAAUCACAAAGUAGUUCUGCCAUAUCUCCACCCGUGCCACCACGACGUAAGAGCCAGGAAUCUAUCAAGUUCACCAACAAGGAGAAUCGAGUUAUUCAUAGAGCAAAGAAUGGAUCCAUCAAGGAGGACGAGGCCUGCCAGCUGGAGACGGCUCAGCACCAGCAGCCGUGCGCAUCGCCCGCGGGUCAGUUGACGCCCGCGGAACAGUUGAGCGUGCGCGAGAGAAUGCAGAGGUUCAACCGGAUGGCCACCGAGACGAGUGUCCCGGCGAAUAGGCCGAGCUCCUCCGUCACCUCCCCCUUCAAAAAGCGCUCCGAGAAGGGAAGUGAGGACUACGACAGAGCUUCCGUUGCGUCGCAGCUAGAUGCAAAGUCACGCGAGUGGUUGGUGAAGUCAGCGCAGGGUGACUACCAAGGAUUGGCCAAACUUGCCGCGGAGGAACCUCGCCUCGCCAGGAUUAAGGGCCCUCUAUCGGGCACGGCGCUCCACUGGGCCGCCAAACACGGCGACGAGAACAUUGUCAAGCUCAUCGCCGGGACCUGCCAGGACUACAUCAAGAGCGUCAACGAAACUUCGAACGGGGGAUACACGCCGCUUCACAUCGCAAUACAAUUCGACCACGAGAAUAUUUAUACUCUACUAGUCAAAGUAUACGGGGCCAAUCAAGAGAUCCGUGAUUACAGUGGGAAAAAAGCCCGGCAGUACUCGAUUUCUCAGAAAGCUGCGGUCAGCCAGGACACGAUGCGCAAAAUAAAAUCAAGGAAAAAGCACACAGAGAGAGACCUUGGCUUCCUGCGUAUUGGCUCGCUGAACGUCCGCGUGAAGCGAACGACGGAGGCCUUCAGCCAGUUCCUGGGAGUGGCGACUAACAACCACCCCUCCGACAAGAUCUACAAGACCUGGGGCUCCGCGGACCAUUUGCCCGCGGACAAGCUGAUGCCACCGCCAAAGUACGCGGCGAUAAGGAAACGCCGGAGUCGGCGAGCUACCGACUUUGCGUCCACGUCGCCGCUGUCCCAGCCGAGCACGCCACCCCCGGCCAGCCGAGCCUCCUCGUCUUCCUCCUCGUCUUCGUCGACGACGUCGGCGCAGCAGCAACGAAGGCCGUCCUCGGCCUCGGCCAUCGCGACCAACAGCCUCCUCGUGCAGGCGAUGAGUCGGUCGGGGGUCAACAAUCGACAGAACGGCCAGCAGAACGACUCCGACUCGGAUGGCGCGUGUGGCUUUGAUUCCUCUUGGCGCGGCUCUGCCUGACUUUUUUCUUUUCGCCUUGAGUACGGACACUCUUUUCUCACAAGUACCACUUCGAUUAGUCGGAUCAAUGUUGCAUUGGUGUCAAGUGUGUGGUUCUUUACCCACAUUUUUUUUGUCAAGUUCUUGGGAUAAAGAUGACGAGUAUUUCGCCAAGCGCGAUUGAUUUUCGUACUGUCUUGCCUUCCCAGCAAUUUUAGAAUAAUUUUGUUGACUAGCUCUUGGCUCUUGCGAGAUUGAUUUUUCCAAUGUGUUUCAAAAGUGAUGGUCAUUUUUUGUAAAAUGCUUCGUCGUUAUAUUUUUGUAUUGUACAAUUUUCACUUGAAACUUAUACUUCUAAGUUCGUAAAAAUGUUAUUUUUCGUCGUGCUUGGACUAAAAUUGGUAGAUAAUCAAAAGUUAGGGAUUAGCAAUUGGAAUCACAGUAUUUAGAUACGGAGCACAGAAUGUUUAUUACCUUGCAGCGCACAGCAUAAACCUGCCUAUCUUAUGCACAAAUCGAUUUUCAUUGAUACAGUGAAAAAAAAUCUGUGAUUUACUUGGUGACUUCGUAAUGUGUUUCAUCAACAAUUUGAUAUUAUUACUGGUAAUAUUUUUUAUAAUAAUAUUAUAACCGUCACAAGUAGAUUUUGUGAAAACUCAUGUAUUUUACAUGUUUGAUAAUGUA